GUGAAGCCCUCAGUGUUUACUUUCUGUUCAAGUGAUUCCAGCUCUAAAACUGUGUUUUAAUUAUUGUUUCAGUAAUUAAUGGAGCUCCAGGAGAGAGAGGCCGUGCGGGUGAUCACGGAGGUGGACAGAGACGUGUUUCUGCGGGACGUUUAUCCACAACGCAGACCGGCCGUGCUCAGAGGAGUGUGUCUGGGUCCGUGUCUGCAGAAGUGGACUGUAGACUACCUGGCAGAGAAAGGAGGCUGCAGGGAGGUGAAGAUCCACGUGUCCACGGUGCCUCAGAUGGAUUUUCUCCACAAAAACUUUGUCUACAGGACUUUACCUUUUAAUGAAUUUGUGAAAAGAGCAUCUGAGACAAAACAUGCCGAUUUCUUCCUUUGUGAGGAUGAGAGCUACUACCUUCGAUCACUUGGGGAGGACGUCCGAAAGGAACCUGCUGAUCUGAGGAAACAGUUCCCGGACCUGGCACAGGAUUUUCAUGUCCCUCCGUUCUUUGAGGCGGAUCAGUUCUUCUCCAGCGUCUUCAGAAUCAGCUCCCAAGCUCUGCAGCUGUGGACGCACUACGAUGUCAUGGACAACCUGCUGGCUCAGGUGACGGGGAGGAAGAGGGUGGUGCUGUACAGCCCCCGGGACGCUCUGCACCUCUACCUGUCAGGUGAUAAAUCGGAGGUCCUGGACAUUGAUAAUCCAGAUCUGACGCUGUUUCCUGACUUUGUGAAGGCAAAGAGAUAUGAAUGUGUGCUGGAGCCAGGAGAUCUGCUCUUCAUCCCGGCUCUUUGGUUCCACAACACGCUGGCGCUGCAGUUCGGAGUCGGCGUUAACGUCUUCUGGCGCCACCUGCCUGCUGACAGCUACGACAGAAAGGACCCGUAUGGGAACAAGGACCCGGUGGCCGCCGGCCGAGCCCUGCAGGCUCUGGAGAGGGCGCUGCACGCUUUGGACGAGCUGCCCGUCGACUAUCGGGACUUCUACGGCCGUCGCAUGAUCCAUCGCAUCCAAAAGAGAACAGUUUACGACAAUACAACGGAAACAAACGCACAGGAUUCUGAUACCUUGGUACCUGGCAGGCCGUCCAUAAAACCUGGUUAAGUCUGCUGAGAGAUGGAAAAGAAGAAAAGUUCAAUGUGAUCACAACUUAUGGACAUGUUUCGUCUUUCUUCUCAAUACA